AGUGGUGGUGGAUAAUAUGAUUAAACAGGUAAUGAACUUAAGAUGGGUAAUUGGGCGGAAAUUUCUGAUAAUUUCACGGAUUCCUCUUAAGUUAUAUAUAAAGGGGAAUAUUAAUAUGGGAAAAAGAUUGGUAGAUGGGACAUUUAGUGCAGAAAAAAAAUCGAUUAACCAUUCAAAAUAAUGUAAAAUAUAAUAUCAUCUAAAUAUAGUGGUGGAGGAUUAUAUGAUGAAAAAGGAGAUGUAAAAAUAGGUUAUUGGGAGGAAAUUUCAGAUAAAUUUCGGGACUUCUCUUAAAUAAUCUACAAAGGGGAUUAUAUAAAUGGAUAAAAAAUUGGAAGAUGGAAUAUUGAGUAUAGGAAAGACUUUGAUGAUAAUUUCUAAAAUAUGUAAAAAAAAUAUCAUAUAUUAAUUUAGUGGCGGUGGUUUAUAUAUUAAAAGAAGUAAUACUGCCAAAGUUUUUUAUGAUAAAUAAAUUCUUAAUAAUGAAAUAGAAGACUGUAAGGAUGAGAGUGAUUAUUGGGAUUUCCUUAAUGAAAAAUUCUAAAAAAUAGGUGAAUAGUAAAUUGAUGUUGAUAAAUCAUGUCAGUAAGUAGAUGGUGGGGUCAAGUUUGGGAAAUGGAUUGAGCUGCAUGAUGGAUUUAUGAAUAGUUCAUAAGUCACUUUUCAUGGUUAAUAUGAAAAUGGUAGAAAAGUGAAUAGAUGGGAUAUAAUUUUGAAUAAGAAUGGAAAAUAGUAAUCGAUGUAAUAAAAUAUAUUUCUUUUAGUGGUGGAGGAUUUUACGAUUACAAAGAAGGAGAAGAUUAUAGUUUGGUUAAAUUGGGAAACUGGAUUGAGCUGGAUGAUGGAUUUAAUGAGUACCUAAAUUAAGUAUAAUAUUAUAGUUUUUGCCAAAUUACUUAUCAAGGGGAAUACUUAAAAAAUAAAAAGGUUGGAAGAUGGGAUAGUUACUUUUAAGGCAUUUAAAUGUAUAUUGUUUAUAAGUAAUAAAAAUAAAUUAGAGGUGGAGGAUUAUAUAAUGAAAAUGGUUAAAAACAUGGUAAAUGGACAUUACUGAGCGAUAACUUUUUUAUGUAAGUUUUUUGUUAAAUAUUGAGUUAUAACCUAAUUACAUACAUAGGAUCAUUUUAAGAUGGAGAAAAAGUUGGAUAAUGGGAUACUAUGAAAAUAUAGAUUUAAGAUGACAAUUUAAUAUUUGAGAAAAUGUAUAAAAUACUUAUAAUAAAUUAGUGGAUAAAAAAUAUAUUGAAUAAAUAAAAAUAAAUGAAAUAUUCAAUAUGUAUAAGCAAAUUUUAGCAAUUAUUAUUAAUAAUCAUAUAGAAAAGUUAUUCUGCAAUUCAGAAUAAAAGGAGUAAAUUAUUGAAGAAAUAAAAACCAUAUAUAAUGAUAAAUAUUUUGAACAUAUUAUGA